CCUGGCUGCAUAUGUGGCUAUAGGAAAAGUAGUCCACCAGUUUUUGUCUUCUGUUUUCAUUAACAGCAACAAUGAAACGUAUUAUUUUGGCAGUGUUUUGUUUCUACGCUUUUGUUGAAGCGAACGAUGACUCCAGAUUGCCAAAUAAAUGUGAAGUGUGUAAAUUUCUCACCGUGGAGCUUCGGGAAGCCCUGCAGAGAAGCGGCCGCUCCAAAGAGGUGCUGGAGGUGGGAGAAGUGCUGGACACUGGCAAGCGAAGAAGAAAAAUCAAGUACAACACCUCGGAAACGCGCCUAAUGGAGGCUGUAGACAACAUAUGUGAGCGCAUCCUGCAGUACAGCGUCCACACAGAGCGGCCAGGCAGCCUCCGCUAUGCCAAGGGAUCCAGCCAGACCAUGACCACUCUGAAGAACCUGGUCCACAAGGGGGUCAAAGUGGAUCUGGGCCUGCCGUACGAGCUGUGGGAUGAGCCCUCGGUGGAAGUGACUGACAUGAAAAAGCAGUGUGAGACCAUGUUGGAGCAGUACGAGGAGGUGGUGGAGGACUGGUACUUCCACCAUCAGGACCACGAGCUGGAGGACUUCCUGUGCAGGAGCCAAGUCCUGGGAGCGUCCGAAAGAGAAUGUCUCAAGGAGGUGUGGAAGGGAGACCCAGGGACCAACGGAGGCGCGGAGGAGGUGGUGAGCGACGGUAGAAAGAUGCACGGCGCUGGCGAACUUUGACCCGCGCAACAACGGAGCGGUGUUGAAAUCACAUCUGGACAUGUGUUUCGGACAAGCUCCGCCUCCUGAGGCCUCCUGGCCACGCUGGCGGUCACGCUUGAUUAGCGUUUGGUAGGAUGAUGUGUUCGCUCAGCUAUUUCUGCUGUUUUUUUUUACCGAGAUUUACUGUCUCAAAGGUGAAGUGAUGCAGCCUUUUCGCACAUGUAUAUACUUUAUACACACAAAUGCAAUAUGUACAGCUUUUACAUCUUAAAUAAAG